UUUAGCUCAAAAUGUGCUGCAGUUGCUCAGUUCGUCGCCGGCGGCGCCGAAACUGUCAUUCGUGCCGUGAACAUAACCUCACAAUAAAAAUAAGAGAAGAAUUGCAGAAAUAUUUUGGAAAUGUUGCGAUUAGCAACAAAUAUAGCUUGCCGAUGGAGUGCAACACUUUGCAGAGCCAGUGUAAAUGCAUCAACAACAUACUCCAAGAUCCUUCCCAGAAAUUUAUCGUCACUCUCAGCCCCGAUCCCGACUCACCAGCUUCCUUCACUGUCGCCCUUAAGUCUAAGCUGUAAUCCUCGCAUCUUGACCAUUGCCAAUUCCGUCAGUGUUAGUCAAAACCGUGGAGUGACCAAGUUCUCAAUGAGGAGCGGCAAGAGGAAAUCCGUCAAGGCUGCUCUUAAGAGAUUCUACCGACUGGAUUGGGGAAUUUGGAUUCGAACUAGAACGGGAAGGCACAAGCACAUGUGGCGGAAAUCAGCUAAUCAGAAGAGGAGAUUGAGGAAGCACGUCUUUGUGAAUUCGACACAGGCUUGGAUGCUGGACAAGAUGGUAACGAAAUUCUGGAGGACACCUAAAUACUACGUAGAUGAUCCCUAUCGUCCCUAUCACUCUCGCGAGGAAUGUUUCUACACAAAAAAGAGGACGGAUUAUUACUGAUUUGCACCAUUUAUUAACCUUGUGGAAAAACAUUUAGAAGAAAUAGAUUUUUAGGUACUA